AGAACGGAAAAGCCAUGCGCUAGGACAAUAUGCAUUCAAACCGAUAAGCACUACCCCCACAGGGGGCAAAGGAUACUUUUAAAAUUCUUUGCUUUGUCACAGCAGGGCCGUAUCUAUAGUGCAAGACGGCAAUUGGCUACGUGUUAGCGACCAUUUGGCGUUUAUGGGAGCGUGAGCAGGAUAGAUAGUUUAUUGAGAAGGUGGAAACUGUCAAAACAGGCAAUUUUUGCGACAGUAGUGGGAAUUUCUUGACACGACUUUCGACGAAUCAUUCGAAAAGUGCGAUUUUAUGUGAACAGACGUUGGGAAUAUUUUGUGGGUUGAUGUUGAGUUUAUAAUUAAAAAUAAGUAAUUCACUCAGUUAGAAGCAGUUGUACACCACUCCCGAUUCGGCUAUAAUUAUACGUACUACAAAAAUAGUGAAAUCGAUUCCGCAUAUUGAAUGUUUUUUUUUUUUUUGAUCUUGUAACUUGUGCUCUCGUGACGUUCCGGUCGUAACCCCACCACAACCAUCGUACAUUUGUACGCACAAAUCUGCCGUGCCAAGUAGCUCGCGAAACGUAUUUGGUGGCUACGGUCGACGCCACUAUCUGCACACUUGUACUUGCUACUUAUCAAGUGGUUUGUCUUUUCAGCUGAAGCACCACUUUUAUUGUUUUAUUUCAACUUUGGGCUAGUCUUAUUUUGUUAGUAAAGUCAGACAACAGCCUCAAACUGGCGGAGAGGAAGGUGGCACUGACACUGUGCCAGACGUCUGUGCUAAAAGUAUACUACGCUGUCAUUGAAGAUGUAAUCGCUAACGUGCGAGACGCCUUUCUCGAUGAGGGUGUCGACGAACAGGUUCUACAAGAAAUGAAGCAAAACUGGCGGGCAAAAUUAAUGGCGAGCAAAGCGGUGGAGAUCAAUCCUGAACCACCAGAGCCACAGCCACCACCAAUUGUGGCCAACAACCCAAAGCCCUCAAAGGCUGCUGCCGCUAAAGCUAAAAAGGCAGCCGCUGCUGCUGCCGCUGCCGCAGCACAACAAAAUAGCAAUAAUAGUGGAGCCGUCACUUCAAAUGCCUCCGGCGAUAUGAAGCCAAAUAUUGCACAACUGCAAACUAAUGUGACCAAUGGUGGUGGUAAUUCAAUAACGACCACUGGUGCCUCGGGUGGUCCAACCACAUCGGCUGCUGCGAAUAGUUCGGCCGCAAUGAAUGGUGGCGUCAAGCAGGAGAUAGGAAAGUCAACGACUUCACAUAGCGGUGCGGUGGCUAAUAACUUACAAAAAUCAAAUGUGAUUGGCGGCGCGUCACACGGUAUUGGGCCGGUGGCAUCAUCGUCAGGAAUUGGUGGUGCUGCUGGCAGCUCGCAGCAACAGCCAACAAAUUCAACCAUACCGAUCGUUGCCACACUCGAUCCCAAUCGUAUUAUGCCUGUAAAUAUAACAUUACCCGCUCAAACUGGCUCCAUGAAUACGGAAUCUCGCGUGCUCACCAUACACGUUCCAGCGUCGGCGCUGCAAGAUAAUCAGCUAACACAGAUAUUGACCGCUCAUUUAAUUUCAUCUAUCAUGUCAUUGCCAACAACGUUGGCUUCUUCGGUGCUACAGCAGCACGUGAAUGCGGCGCUUAUUAAUAGCAACAUGCAAAAAAAUUUCAACGCUUCAAAACAGCUUGACGGUGCAGUAGAUACUUCAGAUGAGGACGAAAGCGAGGAGAGUGAUGAUAAUAUGGACAAUGAUGAUGAUGACGAUCUAGAUAAAGACGAUGACGAGGAUGCUGAAAAUGAUGGUGGUGCCGAAGAAGAGCCCCUCAACAGUGAUGACGAUGUAACUGACGAGGAUGCCAGCGAUGUAUUCGAAACGGAUAAUGUCAUCGUUUGCCAGUAUGAUAAGAUUACACGUUCACGCAACAAGUGGAAAUUUUACCUUAAGGAUGGAAUUAUGAACAUCGGUGGCAAAGACUACGUUUUUCAAAAAUCCAAUGGAGAUGCCGAGUGGUAAAAAACAGGACCAUGGUCGCCGCUGAAGAUACCUUUGUUGCUAUCCCAAUAUCGUUCUUUCGUGCUAAAAGACAAAAAUCAUAAUAUAUCACCAUGAUUUUUUUUUUUAAUUCAUACUAUGUAUCAAUACAACUUCUGUUUUCUGCACUUCAAAAGUUAAUACGACUUUUAACAAAACCUAUAACAUACAUACAUACGUAAUCAUGUACAUUGGAAUUUGUGUAAUUAAUUACGUUUACUUACCAUGUAACCAACCAACGAAAACUAGAAUGUUUCAUAUGUGCAUCUGAUAUACAUACAUUGCUCAAUAUGUACAUAUGUAUAAAAUUUCAGCGAAAUGGUCCUUUGCCAAAUAACUAUAUGUACAUAUGUAUAAAUAUGGAUGCAAAUAGUUAUAAGCAUAUCAAAUACAUACAUAUAUAUUUUUGGUGCAUUGGUAGAAUACCUGAUUGAAAAUUAAUGAUGUGUGCAUUGAUUACAGCUGUAAGAACAGCAAAAAUAUUUACAAAAUGAACAGUAUAAAAACGAAACGGAAAUGUUUGAGGGAAAACACAUUUACACAUAAAGAAAAUAAACUAUUACAAAAAUAGGGGCAUAUACAUUCUAUUUAAAAUGGUCCCGGAAAAUCGGUAAAAAAACUGAAUACAGCUAUUGUAUUGUAUUAACAAAAAUAUUCUAGUGUACAUUAUUUAAUAAAAACCCAAAAACCAAUGGUAUAUCAAGCAUGUU